GGGGAGGCGGCGGCGGCGGCGGUGGCGGCCCGGCCCGUCUGGAUGAGGGUCCUUCCUCCUGCAGGCCACCUAUGAUCCACCCUUCCCUUAUUUUUCAAAAAGAAAAGAAAAGAAAUGGAUGACAAGGCCUCGGUGGGCAAAAUCAGCGUGUCUUCAGAUUCGGUCUCGACUCUCAACAGCGAAGAUUUUGUCUUGAUUUCCAGGCAGGGAGAUGAAACCCCCUCCACCAACAACGGCAGCGAUGAUGAAAAGACGGGGUUGAAGAUUGUAGGAAAUGGGAGUGAGCAGCAGCUGCAGAAGGAACUGGAAGACGUCCUAAUGGAUCCCCUUAUGGAGGACCCCUCCAAUGACCGGGAGGGGGAGGAAGAGAGCCCCUCCCAGGACGGAGAGGUGGACGAGCCAGUUCUCCUCGAGGCCUCCGCCUCCUCCACCAUCAACCCCGUGUCCAUGACGGGACCCUCCAAGCCAGAAAUGAGGCUCCCGGUGAAGCCAUCCCAGGGAGAUUCGGAGGAUUCCAGUCCCUUCACCCCAGUGGCUGACGAGGACAGCGUGGUCUUCAGCAAACUCACCUACUUGGGCUGCGCCUCUGUCAAUGCCCCACGGAGCGAGGUGGAGGCCCUGCGGAUGAUGGCCAUCCUGCGCAGCCAAGGCCAGACCUCCGUGGACGUGACGCUCUCUGUGCCAAACGUGUCCGAGGGCACCGUGAGGUUGCUGGAUCCUCCAACGAACACCGAAAUCGCCAACUAUCCCAUUUACAAGAUCCUUUUCUGCGUGCGAGGUCACGAUGGGACUCCGGAAAGCGACUGCUUCGCUUUCACGGAAAGCCAUUACAACUCGGAGCUCUUCAGAAUCCACGUCUUCCGAUGCGAGAUCCAGGAAGCUCCUUUAAUUCCCCUAGAUAAUGGAGUUGGGCGGAUCUUGGCCUGUUUCCUCCUACCUUUCCCUAAUCCGGGAAGCCAGGAUCGCAGUUCAGAGGCGCUCGGUUGUGGAAGUGCUGUUCCGAAGGACAAAGACAGGCAGUGCUUCAAGUUACGGCAAGGGAUCGACAAGAAGAUUGUCAUCUAUGUGCAACAGACCACUAACAAAGAAUUGGCCAUUGAGAGAUGUUUCGGCCUCCUUCUCAGUCCCGGAAAAGACGUGCAGAGCGGAGACAUGCAUUUGCUGGAUUUGGAGUCCAUGGGAAAAAGCUCGGAUGGGAAAUCGUACAUCAUCACCGGGAGUUGGAACACCAAGUCUCCACACUUCCAAGUAGUGAACGAGGAAACGCCCAAAGACAAGGUGCUCUUCCUGACCACAGCUGUGGAUUUGGUGAUUACGGAGGUGGAGGAGCCCGUCCGCUUCCUCCUGGAGACCAAAAUCCGUGUCUGUCCCCCCAACGAAAGGCUCUACUGGCCUUUCAGCAAGAGAAGCUCGACGGAAAACUUCUUCCUAAAGCUGAAGCAGAUCAAGCAGAAGGACCGAAAGACCAGCACCGACACUCUCUACGAAGUGGUGUGCCUGGAGAGCGAAGGCCAAAGGGAAAGGAGGAAAACCACUGCCAGCCCCGCCAUCUGCCUCCCCCAGUCCGGCUCCCAAGGCUCUAUGAUCCCCUCCCCUCCUGAGGAUGACGAAGAGGAAGAUAACGACGAGCCCCUGCUCAGCGGCUCAGGCGACGUCUCUAAAGAGUGCGCGGAAAAGAUCCUGGAGACGUGGGGAGACCUCCUUUCCAAGUGGCACUUGAACCUGAGCGUGCGGCCUAAGGCCUUGUCUGCGUUGGUGAGGAGCGGCGUCCCGGAAGCUCUGCGGGGUGAGGUGUGGCAGCUCCUGGCAGGAUGCCACAACAACGAUUUCCUGGUGGAGAAGUACCGGAUUCUCAUCACAAAGGUGGGUUUGUUUACGAUCGGAGGAGAAGAUGCUUCCACAGUGGGCCUUGGCUUGGCUUGUUGGGUUGGUGGGCAUGUGGAACCGCUUGGAGAGAGUGAGGAUGUUGUGGUCUGCUGGUAG